UACUGACUGGAUUCAGCUUUGUUUUGUUUCUAUCGAAAACAUUUUUGCUGUUUUGUUUGUUUUCUCUCAUGUUCGCCUCAUUUUACACACAUGUUAUGUCUUGUUUGUUACCAAGCAUUUGAAUAUUUAGAGUAAGGAUUUAGAUUCUAUAAAUGGAACAAUCGAACAUUUAAGGAAGAUCUGCGCCGAGAAGAGAGCGGAUGUUUACGACUGGAAAACUUCCGGUUGUUUUGUCAAUAUGCGAGGUUACCUUGGCAACAGUAGACUGUUUAGGUAAACCGAAAUCCUGCAGUAAUAAUGUCCGAGUUUCCUCGAGAAGUGCUCAUGUGGAUCCAGAGUUUGGAUUUAAAUUCAAAGAUCGUCGUUCCAAAAUGGGACCUUGCAAACGGAUAUUUAAUAGCAGAGAUAUUUAACAGGUAUUAUCCUUUUGAAGUAGAGAUGACUUACUUCAAUAAAGGUUCAUCAUUGUAUGCGAAACAACAUAAUUGGCAAGAAUUGUCAAAGUUUUUCAAGAAGAAGAAAUUUGACAUUUCCCAGACAUGUAUUGAUGGAACUAUGUUCUGUAAAGAAACACAAUGCAUGCAGAUGAUGCAGCUUAUAUACAAAAUACUCACAGAUAGAAAAUGGCCAUUCAGUGUGGUGUCACCUAUUAGCGACGAUCUGUGUGAUUAUGACUAUCAGAUGCGUUUACCGUUACACGCUCAAUCAACAGCUACAAAAUCUGUUAAGAAUAACAUAAUGUUUACAGAACUAUUGGUUUACCCUAAUCAACUAUUAAACGCCAGAAAGGCACAAAAAAUUAUAGAUCGUCAUAUGGAACUGAGACUGAAAAAACGUGUAGAGGAUCCAGAACGAUUCCAUGUCCAUCCUACUCUUGGUCAACAGACUGUACGCCAACAAAAUAUUGUGGCACACAAGGAAGAUGUUGAGAAAGCUCCUCUAAAAAAGGCAGUUUCAGACAGCAUUAAUGAUAUGAAUGUUCGGUUUAAAGACAUCAAGCUCAAACAGCCAUUCAUUACCCAAUUACAAUGAACUAAUUAAGCAAAUUCCAAGAAUUGCUUUCUCCAGUAGAUUGUGGGUAAUUAGAGAAGCAUAUGGAUCUAAAUACAUGUACGCACCCACAGGAAUAAAUAAAGAAUUUUUAUUUAAA